AAUUCCACACAAACUACCACGACACGGAAAAUGCUCAACACACAAGGCCCCAUUGGCAAACUGGCGCAAGGCGUCACCUCGGGCAUCGGCUUCGUUGCUGAAGCCCACGGAUACAGGAAGGCGAAGAAGGCAGCGAUAAAACAGCGCGAGGAGGAGGACGACCAACAGCAGAAAGAAAAUACAGAAAAGUCACCGUCUCAGUCUCCCAAUGCCCGUAUACCGAGCCCAGACGAGGAGAACACCGCAGAUGCCCGUGUUGACGAGAUGGAACGCACCUGGCAGCUCGACGAGGCGCAGGACGUCAUCAUCGAAGAAACGAAGCCUCGCAAGAGCAAAGAGGGCACCGCAAACCCAGACAAAGUCAUCGCCGCGUUUCUCCAGCGCCAGCCUCCUCCAUCUACUCCACCAGCGGCCAGACUGGCGCUGCCCGUUGCCAUCCCUCAACGCCGGCCGAAAGACAAGACCCGUGGCUUCGUCCGGGCAUACGCGCCUGACAUGGAGAACGUGGGAAUCAGCCCAGACGCCUGGCUCGACUUCAUCGACACCUUGUGUGAAGCCAGUCUCGCGAAUCCGUGGAUCAACGCCCUGAACCUGGUGUCGCUGGCCGCUUCUCCGCUGCCGACGCUCACCUCACAACUGAUAUCGGCGGCAAUCACAAUCGCGACGACAGUCGCCAUAGAGACACAGGGUCGGUAUCGCCAAAACAAAGCUAUUGACCGACUCAACGAUGAAUGGUUCCGUCCCCGCGGCCUGUUCUGCCUUGUCAUGACCUGGGAUGCGACCUCGUUCAACGACAAGACAAAUGCCAGUAUCACCACGACCAUCCAGAAUAAUAUCGACAGCCAGGGGCGCAUGUCACACAAGUUCCAGUCAUCGAAUGGCGUCACAAACGGCAUGGAGUCUCUGCAGACGGCAGACCUCAUUUUCCCUGGCCUCGACUUUAUCGCCACGGCGACCCAGGACCAGCAGAAGGGCUUCAAGGCGAAAUGGAAGCGCGGAAUGGGGUUUGUCGAUGAUUACAUGGAUCGGAGAGCACAAGCCAAAUUCAUCGCCGAGAAUCCCGAUAGCUAUCUGAACCAAGGCGCAGCCCCGAAAUUCCUCUCCAAAUACGCCGAUCCCACAUAUUCCAUUAUCCCAGGAGGUCAACAGAAUGGCAGCACGGGCGGAGGGGUUGGAGGAGGCCUUCUAGGAGGAGGGCGCUCGGGAGGAGGCAUCCUUGGUGAUCGAGGUUCUGGAGGAGGUAUCCUUGGUGGACGAGGAUCUGGAGGUCUCCUUGGCGGUCGAGGAUCUGGAGGUCUUCUUGGUGAUCGAGGGUCUGGAGGUCUCCUUGGUGGUCGAGGAUCUGGAGGUCUCCUUGGUGGUCGAGCCUCACAAGGAGGUGCCUACGGAGGACGAGGCUCAGAAGAGGACUAUUACAGAGGACGGGGCUCACAAGGAGGUCUCUUCGCAGACCGAGGCUCACAAGGAGGACUCCUGGGACGAGGCUUGGGAGGCCGCGCAGGAGGCGGCGGUCUCUUCGGGCUGGUUGGCCUCGCUUCCCAGUCCAUGAGCGGCCAGUCAAGGACCAACAGCACCGGCAGGGCUUCGCCUGCUCCUUAUCCCGAGGCAGAACGGUACCAGAGCCAUCCAUCUGUGCCUGACAACGUCUCUGGUGAAAGAGGGCAGCCAUACCAGCAGGGAUACCAGCCCUAUCAGCAAUCAAACCAACAGGGUGACCAACGAUAUCAACAAUAUGACCAACGAUAUGAACAAUAUGACCAACGAUACCCACAGACUGACCCAAGAUACCCACAGCAAUACGAUCAACAGUACCAGCAAGAUUCAAGAUAUUCACACCAAUACGAUCAGCAAGACCCAAGAUACUCGCAGCAAUAUAAUCAACAGUACCAGCAAGACCCAAGAUACCAACAGCAGCAGCAGCAGCAGUCCGUUGGGUUAGGUAGCAUGAAGAAGCUAUUUGCCUCGAAAGCGCUCUAUCUUAUGGUUGUCAACAUGCCGACGGAGGAAGAAAUGGCUCAGGCGAAGAGCUUGGCUGCUGAUUGGGAUAUCCGGAGCCAGCAGGAGGAACUGCAUUUGUAAUUCAUCUUAUAAGAAUCAACUACAGACUUGAGUAUCAACCCUUGAUUUCUUGUUGUCCUACAUAUCUGAGUUAUGAGAAC